CUGCAACCCCCAAGCAAGCCGCGCGGCAGAACCCGCGGCGGGGGGGCAGCCUGCAGCCGCGGCGGCCCAGAAACACCCGCUUCCGAACAAGACCUCCCGGCCUCGCCGCAGGCGCCGCCCCUUCCCCAGCUCCGCCCACCGAGGAGGAGGAGGAGGAGGGGACUCAGGCCGCCUUCCGUCCGCCCCGCCUCCUGCCUCAGACCGGAAGUCCGGGCUUCCCACAGUGCCCCGCGCGCGGCGGGCAUGAUAACAAACCCCCGGGUUUCCCACGCGGGUGGUUCGGCUGUGUGCAGGCGCCCGUGGUGGGCGCGACGACGGCUCUCCGCGGGCGGCGCCGGGCCAGCGCGUCGUCGGCCCGAGCGAUGGCGCUCUUCCGGGGAAUGUGGGGCGCGCUAAGGGCGCUCGGGCGCUCCGGGGCCGAGAUGUGCGCGGGUUGCGGAGGUCGCUUGCCCUCGGCGCUCAGCCUUAUCUGUAUUCCGAAAUGUUUUUCAUCCAACUUGGGUAGUUAUCCAAAGAAACCUAUGACUUCAUACCUUCGAUUUUCUACAGAACAGCUACCCAGAUUUAAAGCUAAACACCCAGAUGUAAAGAUCUCAGAACUGAUUAGAAAAAUAGCGGCCGCAUGGAGGGAACUACCGGAUGCAGAAAAAAAAGUGUAUGAAGCUGAUUUUAAAGCAGACUGGAAAGCAUACAAAGAAGCUUUGAGCAAGUUUAAAGACCAGCUAACUCCAUCUCAGCUGGUAUCUUUUGAGAAAGAAGUCAGGCAAAAACGUUUAAAAAAGAAAGCCUCAAUAAAAAAGAGAGAAUUAACGUUGCUUGGAAAACCAAAAAGACCUCGAUCAGCCUACAACAUUUAUGUAUCUGAAAGCUUCCAAGAGACUAAAGAUGGAUCUGCUUCAGGAAGACUGAAGUCUAUAAAUGAGGCUUGGAAAAAUCUAUCUAGUGACGAAAGGCAGGCGUACAUUCAGCUUGCUAAAGAUGAUAGAAUUCGUUAUGAUAAUGAAAUGAAGUCUUGGGAAGAGCAAAUGGCUGAAGUUGGACGAAGUGAUCUCAUCCGUCGCAAUGUGAGACGAUCAGACAUCCCUGAGGAUUAAGAUAGAAGAUGGAGUUGUCUCUGUGAUUAGGCACAAGAAACCAAUUAGGUCUCAAUGCCUUAAGUUGUCACAUUAGAAAGGAUAAGGCUGGUUAACAUUUGAUAUUCAGUUCCUUUUUCUGUAGCCCAUGGACUUCUGCGCGUUGAAUACAUUUCUGUAUUUCAAGCCCUGACAGAAGAAGAUUCUGCAAAGUUCUGCUUUUUGCUUAAGAACUGGAGAUGAGACUGUCUAUGCAUCUGCAUGUAGGGGUAAAUGAACUGUUGUGUUUGAUGGAGGUAGAUAGACUGUGAAAUGACUUUUACACUCAUAACAGUUAUGUGUGGCUUUGUGACGUUUUUACACUGAUGACAAUAUGUGGGUAUGUGAAGUUUUUACACUAUGACAGUUACAUCAAGUGUGCCCCUCUAUUCCGGGGCCACAGCUGCUUUCACAGCUAUGGCAAAGCUAUGAUGUAACUGCAUAUUCAAGAAGCUUCCAGACUCAUUAGAUGAAGUGAUUCCUAGACAUAAAUCAUGUGUGGUGUUGAUGUUUGUACAUAUAAGUGAUCGUUGACAUCAUAACAGCUUUUUAUAGUAAGGAACAAAGAGAUUUAUAAACCUUUCUCAUUAUCUUUUUCUUUUUCCUAAAGUAAAACCUAAGAAAUUAUGUACCAGGUCUAUGCAUAUUGUUCUUAUUGCAUAGAAUAAAAAUUCUAAUUUUUCAAACAUGUUUCUGAAUUAUGUAAAUUUUAGAUGAACUAUGUGGUUAACAGAUUUUUUUUAAGGUAAGGAUUUUUUCCUCCCUGAAUUACUUUUUCAUGUGAGAAUAUUCACAGAGCUUGUGUGAUCUAAAUUUUUAAAUGAGAAAUAUGAGAAAACAGGUCUCUAGAAUCAGAGAUGUGAGACGUUGUCCAUGACUGCUAAGGGCCUGUGCAGGAGAACCAGCUGUGGAGCUGGCCAGUCCAGCCACUGAUUGACUGUUUUUCAGAGCCUAUUCAUAAAUAAUGUAUUUAUAGUUUAAAUAGGUUUUUAAAAGGAAAAUCAUGAAUGUGAAAAUUAAUAAGCUCGUUAGUGUUUGCAAAUAGAGUUUUAUUGGAACACAGCAUUUGCUCUCUUGGGUUUGUUGUGUAUGGUGCUCUGCUACAGGGACUAGACUGGGAAGCUGCAAUGUACACAUGUGGCCCUUGGCACAUAGUUUGCCACCAUGGUUUGUGGCAUGGUGCAGUGUGUGGCUACUGGGCAUGCAAGGUUAGUUUUCUCAGCUGUCCUUCAUGGUCUUGUGGAACCGUCAUCCUGCCUUAGGGUCAGCUCUGGGUCACUGUAAGCCUAACUAUUCUCGGUGCAAGCAAAGAAAAUAUUCUUUAGUUUGGAACAGUUGUUAGUAUAGUGUAAGAGGUCGCGUUGCAUGGAGUGGAGCUCUCCUUAUCUUUACUGUCGCCCAGAGAAACUGUCUUCCCACAUUUGAGCUGGCACAUCUCAAGUCCUCACCAAGCCCAAGUCGGCCGCCACUCUUCAACCUCUGUUCUGUUUUAGAGAACAAGUAGUUUCAACCCCACACCACUGAGCAGAUCUCAGAGUUCCAGAAGACUCGGGUGUUUCUCUUUCCUUUGGAAUCCCUGAACUUGACAGGGUAGGAACAGUGGAACAUACAUACGGAGGGGGGAUGUGAGAUUUAUGCUUGAGCCGGGGAUGUAACUGGUAGAAAGCUUGCCUAGAACGUGCCAGGCCUUGGAUUCUAUUCCUAGCACUGCAACUCCCUGAUCAAUAAAUAAUCAAAAUUUUGAAAAUGAAUUUAAGAAUAAAAUAAUUUUCCCCAGUG